ACACAGUGAUCUUUCGGACCCUCUUCUUAACAAAAGAUCUAAAAACGUUGAAUCGUAAAUUGCAAAUCUGUCAAAGAAAUGUGGAAAAGUUUACGGAAUCAUAACAUGUGAAUGUGCGGAACUCAAAACUAAAGCGUAGAAAGAACGCGUUCGUUUUUUAUUCGCUUAAGCAAAAUCCACCGCCCAAUAACAAGAAACCCAGUUUAUGUGUGUGCGUGUGAGCAAGAAAUUAUGCCAGAAGAAAUCUAAAAAAUAUAUAUUCAACCGCUAAAAAUCAAGAAAUCCGCACAAGUUUUGCUCAAAACAACAACACAAAUAUAUACUACCAAUAAAACAAACAAGCCCAUUAAAAAGUGCAAAAUAACAAGGAAAAUAAAGUAAAACAGUGCCAGUUUCUAGCAACAACAACAACAACAAGAGAACGGCGAUCAACAAAUUCCACCGGCAGAAUCAACAAAUUAAAUAACGCAGUCAACAAGGAGAAACGAUUUGGCAAGCGAUUUUACAUUGCAAACUUUUGGCGGGUGUCUUUUGAUCGCGAACCCUUCCAACUACUUCUAUUUUUUUGUGCGCUGGCGAGGAGAGCUUGAGGCACCGCAAAGCUGCAACUGCACAACGACCUUUUCUACCCCAUGAUGGACAGCUUCGCGCAGGACUGGCCCACGUUGACCCACACAGACAACGGCCUUGUGAUGGACCAGCUGGCCGUGGGGGUGGACCUGCCCGUCGAAGUGGGCUUCGAGCCCCAGACGAGAGCCAGAUCCAACACAUGGCCAUGUCCGCGGCCCGAGAACUUCGUGGAGCCCACCGACGAGUUGGACAGCACAAAGGCCAGCAAUCAGCAGUUGGCCCCAGGAGACUCACAGCAGGCUAUACAGAAUGCGAAUGCAGCCAAGAAAAACUCAUCGCGUCGAAAUGCAUGGGGAAAUCUAUCCUAUGCGGAUCUCAUCACGCAUGCCAUUGGAUCGGCCACCGACAAACGACUGACUCUGAGCCAGAUUUACGAGUGGAUGGUCCAGAAUGUGCCAUACUUCAAGGACAAGGGCGAUUCGAAUAGCAGUGCCGGAUGGAAGAACUCCAUACGUCACAAUCUGUCGCUGCACAACCGAUUCAUGAGGGUGCAGAACGAGGGCACCGGCAAGUCCUCCUGGUGGAUGCUCAAUCCGGAGGCCAAGCCCGGCAAGUCGGUGCGUCGCCGUGCCGCCUCCAUGGAGACGUCGCGCUACGAGAAGCGACGCGGCAGGGCCAAGAAGCGGGUGGAGGCACUGCGGCAGGCCGGCGUGGUGGGUCUGAACGAUGCCACGCCCUCGCCGAGCAGCAGUGUCAGCGAGGGGCUGGACCACUUCCCGGAGAGUCCGCUCCACAGUGGCGGUGGCUUCCAGUUGUCGCCCGAUUUCCGGCAGCGCGCCUCAUCCAAUGCCAGUUCCUGCGGACGCCUGAGUCCCAUUAGGGCGCAGGACCUCGAGCCCGAUUGGGGAUUCCCCGUCGACUACCAGAACACGACGAUGACCCAGGCCCACGCCGAGGCGCUCGAGGAGCUCACGGGCUCCAUGGCGGACGAGCUGACGCUGUGCACCCAGCAGCAGCAAGGGUUCAGCGCCGCCUCGGGCCUCCCCUCGCAGCCCCCGCCCCCGCCCUACCAGCCGCCGCAGCACCAGCAGGCGCAGCAGCAGCAGCCCCCCUACGCCCUCAACGGCCCCGCCCCCGGCUACAACACGCUGCAGCCGCAGUCGCAGUGCCUGCUGCACCGCUCCCUCAACUGCAGCUGUCUGCACAAUGCAAGAGAUGGUCUCUCGCCGAACUCAGUCACCACAACCAUGUCGCCCGCGUAUCCAAACAGCGAGCCCUCCUCGGACUCCCUGAACACGUAUAGCACCGUGGUGCUGGAUAAUCCUGCGGAUACUGCCGCACUUUUGGUGCAACAGCAGCAGCAGCAGCAGCAACAACAACAGCAACAACUGUCCGGGAACUUGGAAGAUAAUAACUGCGCCUCUACUUUGAUAGGACAAUGCCUCGAGGUGCUCAACAACGAGGCGCAGCCGAUAGACGAAUUUAAUCUGGAGAACUUUCCGGUGGGGAAUCUGGAGUGCAAUGUCGAGGAGCUGUUGCAACAGGAGAUGAGCUAUGGCGGCCUGCUGGACAUCAACAUCCCGCUGGCCACGGUCAGCACGAACUUGGUGAACAGCAGCAAUGGACCCUUGAACAUCAGCAACAUCAGCAACCUGAGCAACAUUAGCAACAUCAGCAGCAAUUCCGGCAGCAGUCUCAGCCUCAAUCAGCUGCAGCAGCAACAGCAGCAGCAGCUGCAGCAGCAGCAGCAACAGUUGCUGCUGAACAACAACAACAACAGCAGCCUGGAAUUGGCAACACAAGCGGCCAGCACAAAUCUGAAUGCCAGGGUGCAGUACUCGCAGCCCAGUGUGGUCACCUCGCCGCCAUCCUGGGUGCACUAGAUGCACAUGAUGAUCCAGGACGAGGAUGCCGGGAUCACAGGACGAUCUUCAGUCGUCGUCUUCGUCGUUGUGUGUGUGCGUGUGUGUUGUUUGUGUCGCCAAUGGAACGCUUUAAACGCUAAUUCUAAGGACAAUAGUGUAAAGAGUUGUAAGCAGCCGCAGAUGGAUGGGAAAACGGAGAAGUGGAAACUGGAAAAGGAGACGGAUACGGAAUCGGUGUCGCUAUCGGUUGCGCAGCAGCUGCAGGAUCAGUGAGCAGGAAGCAGGAAGCAGAAAGCAGGAAGCAGGAGCCGCAGCUGGACCGCCACUAUAAAGUUUACAAAGAUAAAUCUGGUCGCUUCUAAUCUAACAUACAUACAAUACAUAUACAUAGUUGUAUAAUUACAAAUAUAUAGUUAUGCAUUACACAUAGAAAGGAAGCAUACAAAUAAUACCAAUUAAUCACCAAUAAUUAGAUGCUACAAUUAGUAAAAGUCUCUGUGACAGUGCAAAACAACUUUGUCCACUAGCGAAGGGAAACUUGAAUUGAAUUGAAAAACAAAAACACAACACGGUUUAGUUGUUAAGUUCAACUUUGUACAUAUUAAUUUUAAUAACCUUGACGUAAAGAACCCACAAAUAAUAAUAAUAAUACCACUACUGAUAAUAAACAACAAACAAGCGUAAAACGUAAACUAAAUGUUCAAUAACUAAAUGGAAAAUAUUCUUUAACCAGCUAAGAUGCAAAACAAAAAUGGAGAAAAUGGCAACGGAAACCUAAACAAAAGAAAUUAGCACAAUUAUGUAAUAAUUUAUGCUUAAUUAAUGUAUUUAAUUGAAAAUCUAAUUGUAACUGUAUAUUUUUUCUAUAAAGAGCAAAGAAAACCCUUAAAGAAGAAUGAAACUUGUGUAAAAAUUAUGCUUAAGAUUCGCAAUGAUAUACGUAAUAAAUUCUCCGGUUAGUUAGCUCACCUAAAAACAGCUCGGCUUAAAAAAAUGAAAUCCUUUUGUUACAUAACUACGCCAACACCCAUAUGUAGAUCGUACACUUAAAAAAAACCCGAUUGAAUGUAACACUUGAACUUUCAAGAAUUAGUAAAUGUAAAUGUUGGUAGGCAAAAUAGAAAUACAAAAUUAUAACAGAAUAUCCAGAAAACUCAAACCCAAGCAAAACUAGAAGCAUAAAAUUAUAAGCAAAUACAUGCGCAUCAUUGUGUACUAUUAUGGGCUAAAUGUUAAUUAUUAACUAGAUUGUACAAUUCAAAUGUAGUUCAUACUAUUUAAAAUGAAAAACGGAGUGAAGAUGAAUAAACUGAUGAUUCAAUAUAAGAAACAAA